AUGCAACACCCACCCACUGGUCGCAGUGACCCGCCGGCGAGAAAUCACCUGCCGGCACCGUUCGUGGCAGUGACGGCACGCGUGCUGACGCUGAACUUUGACCCCGCGCGCGGCCUGCACGACUACUACCCGCUCGUGUUCGAAGUGGGCAACGUCAGCGUGCUGACCAUGACCAUACACGCGUCCCUGGUCACAAUCUGCAUACCCAGCGGCGAGAGCAUGAGGAACGCGUCCAUGGGUCACUUGGUCGGCCAGCUCUGCAUGUGCGAUGGCCAGAGCUCAUGCUGCUACUCGACCACCAUCGACAAGGCUGCACAGCAGGAGCUGAACUCCCUGCUCACGGCAACCGCCUGUCACCUACGGAAGAUCCUCGAGGAACACAAGCGGCCCACGCCGACCAGAGGAAAAAGUAAAACUAAAGACACGGACAUCGGAAAUGAUCCUGGAUCAGAAAGGGCCCGCCUGCGCGUGAGCCGGUACAGCACCUUCGAUCGACCGGAGGCGGUGCGCUUCCCGGACGAGGAGGCCAAGAAGUUUAGCACCAUCUUGGUCGUGCUGUGGGAGCAGUACAUCGAGGCGGUCGCCGGUCACCAGGAUCUGCGAUUCGUGCUCUACGAGCCACUUCAGAGGGCGCGAAUCGCCAGGCUCGCCGAAGCAUACCUCGUCCUCGACAAGGACUUGGGCGCCGUGUACUACGACGCCGUGCUCGGCGAGGACAUGUACCGGCGGAUGGUUCGCAAGAUCCGCGGCUCAAACUACUUCAAGUCGUUUCCCGUGCUGGAAAUUGAAUGCUGGCCGCUGGACGGCAACCACAAGAACACGCCCAUCAUUUUCGAAGAGCGCUACCGGCCGUUCUCCGCAGUGACACCGAUAAAUGACGAAGAGCGUGACAACAGCGCGCAGCUCGACGAACUGGCCGAGCUGGCGUCGCUGCACUCGCUGACGGCCGGCAGCAUGGAGCUGCUGGCGCUCUCCUCGCACCCGGAGAGCGAGGUGUGCAACUGUUGGCGCCAGUUCCGCGCCACCAACUUCCGCCUCCGGCGGCCGUCGGCGGCCUCGCUACCGCCAGCGCUGGUCGACCUGUACCAGGGCAGUUCGACGACCUGCUGCUACCGCAUCAACGACACCGAGAGGUUCGUCCACAUGAAGAGAAGCCUGUGGGAAUCCAUGAAGAUACCGGUUCCGUGGCAUACGCCGGACGUUUCGGAGUUGGUGCUGCUGAACUUUCCCAGCCCCAAGGCGCCGAAGCCGGAAAGCCUCCAUCUGAUCGUCAUGGUGCACGGCAUGUAUGGCUGCUCCACAGACAUGCGUCUGCUUCGAGUCUUCCUCGAGUUGGCCCAGCCUCGCUCCAACAUUCGCUUCCUCAUGUCCCGGGCCAACGAGCGGGAGGAAACGUUCAAGGACUUCGACACCCUCGGCGUGCGACUCGCGACCGAGAUCGUGGAGCACUUAAAGAAAUACUCCAAGAAACCGGCGAGGAUAAGCUUCAUCGGCUUUUCCAUGGGCAACGUCAUCAUUCGCUCGGCACUUGCUAAGGCCGAGCUGCGGCCCCUGCAUCGCUUCCUGCACACGUUCCUGUCGCUGUGUGGGCCGCACGUGGGCACCGUUUUCAACACCUCCUUCGUCGUCAACAUGGGCGAGUACAGCUGCUCUAUACAGACGGCAUGUGGUAUCUCCAACGAUUUGAAAACACCGCAUCCCUGA